AUGCCCAAAAAGGGCACGCUUGGCUGCCUCGCGAAGAGUCACGGCCAGUGGUGGGUCUGUCACUUCAACAACUUGCACUUCAAUACGGGAGCGCAGAAGAUCACGGCCAAAGCUGAACUGAUGGCCUUGCUGAAGAUCUUGAGCGAUGCCAAAUUUACAGAGGUCACUGGUCCUCAACGUCGAAGAGUCUUGGUCCUCCUGCGUGAUGUGUCCAACUCCAAUGUGGUCAGUGGGAUUCAAGCCUACCUGGAGGCCAUGGGUGGUCUCUCAGUGGUGUCUAUGGAGUCCCUUUCACAACUCACUGGAGCCCCACGGCAACGAACCCUGCGCCGGCUGCGUGAGAAAGUCCAGCAGGAGAUGUAUCUUCUGGGCGAGGCGCUGCCGUGCUACCGCUUCUGGGGAGAGUGUCGGGCAUCGAUGGCAAAGAAAGCUUGGAGUAUUCCUCCCAUCCACAGCGUGCUUCUGGCGGACUGA